AUGAGAAAUGGGGGAAGCUACCUUGCUGUGGUUGCGCGUGAUAACAAGAGAAAAGUGCUGCAUAUUCACUCUUUCAAGUCCAAAACGCCAGCUCCUGAAGUGGCUGAACUGAAAGCAGUUGGGAAGGCUAUACAGGUGGCAUUGCCGCAAGAAAGCUCUGUGCCGAAAUCUCUCAUUCAAAAUCUGACCCAGUUAAGAGAGUUAGCUCUAGACCAUAUUUAUUUGGCCUCCAUUGAGCCAAGUAUCUUUGCCAAUCUUCCUUCCUCAUUGACCACUCGAAGUCUUAAUCAAUGCGAUUUGAAGGUUGAAUUCCCAGAGAGUAUUAUUACUUUUCCAAACCCCAAAAAACUUGUACUUUCAGAGAAUGGGGACUUCACAGGCUGCAAAUUAUUCAGUGGGUCAAUUCCAGCCUCCAUAGGUAACCUUAAAGAUAUGUGGUAUUUGAGUCUGGUUGGUGAUGAUUUCAGUGGUCCAAUCCCACAUUCCCUUUCAAAAGUUGGUCAGCGUCAAUUUUUAGCUCUAUCUGAAAAUCGUCUUACAGGAAAAAUUCCAAAUAAUUUUGGUUGGAAAUCAAUUGGAAAGGCCAAUACCACAUCAGUUGUUCAAAUGUCAGAGAUUGGAAAUACUAGAACUUGGAAACAACAAAAUGAUUGGAGAGUUUCCUCAAUUCUUGGAGUCUCUACCCGAGCUACAAUUCUUAUAUUGAGAUCAAAUAAGUUUCAUGGUGGCAUUGGUGAUCCCAAUAUCAGUUUUUCCUUCUCCUUCCCUAAGCAGAGAAUCGUUGAUCUCUCACACUAUAACUUUGAUGGACCUUUGACUCGAAGUUUACUGGGAGAGAUUCCAAGGUUGAUUGGUAAGCUCAAAUCAAUCAAGGGACUCAAUUUCUCCCAUAAUAAGCUUGCAGGUUCAAUUCCAUUAUAUUUGGGAAACUUGACAAAUCUUGGAGGGUUAGAUCUCUCCUCCAAUGGGCUUGUUGGGGAGAUUCCAUGGCAAAUGGCAGAUUUGACAUCACUUGAAUUCUUAAAUCUUUCCCAUAACAACCUUGUUGGACAUAUACCAUCAGGGAAGCAAUUCAAUACGUUUGAAAGUGAUUCAUAUGCAGGAAACUUGGCAUUAUGUGGAUUUCCAAUCUCUAAAAACUGUGGAAAGGAUGGGGGAGAGAUUUUUCAUCAAGAAGAAGAAGAAGAAUCAGAUGGUGAAAAUGGACUUGAUUGGAAGUUUGUGUUUAUCGGGUAUGAACGUGGGAUGGUUAUAGGAAUCUCAAUAGGAUAUUUAGUGCUUUCAACAAGAAAAUUUGAGUUAAUGUUUGCAAAAAGCGAGAUCAGUAGGACAGCGGCAAAAAAUGAUGAGAAGACGAAAGCAAAAGACUAA